AUGGACAGAGUUCAGAGCUCAGAUGAGAUGCAGGGUCACAAAUCUGUUCUACAGGACCCAGAAGAGACCUCUGAUCUUCCAUUGAGUCCAGGUCAGCAACUCAUCCAUCCAGCAGACAAGAACCAAGCCCUAAACAGUACACUUACAGUAACAGCAACAAGAUAUCAAGAUGCAGCAUUAGGACUGUGGUGUAUCAAAGCAACCACAGUGUUUGCUCACAGCUCUCAGCUUUCACCUCAGCAAACCAACAGAAACGUGAAAGAGAAGCAGUACUUUUAAAGGGGAGACUAUUCUGACUUUGAGAAGUGGUUCAGUCUCUGCAACUCCAUCAGGUCUUGCCAUGUAAUCCUACAAAAUUCUGUUUCCCACAAGAUUCUGCUCCAUGAAAAAGAGGAGCUCCAAGGUCAAAUGCUGGAGCUCACUGAGGAUUGGCAAUCAGUCCCAGGUUACGUCUGUCUCCCUGAGAUCUUCUUCCUCAAUGUUUUAGGUGGUUCUUGGAUCUCGUAGGAAAUGCCCAACUUUAGGGGCUGACAAUAUUUACUGAAACCCAGGGAAUAUAGAAGAUUCCCUGACUGGGGUGCAGUAAAUGCCAAAAUUAUCUCUUUGUAG